CUCGGCGGCGGGGGAGCGCCCUCUCCCGCGCCCUCGCCGCGUCCCGCGCCGGCAGCGGCGCGCACGGGGCCAUUUGCAGCGCAGGCAGCCUCGAGAGCGGCCGCGGCGCACCGGCGGGGAGCGAGGCGACGCCAUGGAGCUCAAGAAGGACAGCAACGCCGUGUCCAUCGACAUGCUGCUGAUCGUGCACUCGGAGAAGCGGCGCGCCGCGCAGGGCGCGCACUCGGACCGGCAGGCGGACCCGGGCGCGCCGCCGCAGCGCCGAGGAGGACUCCAGGGUGUCGGAAACGGAAUCCGGAGAUGGCAGAAAUUCGAAGGAAAUGAUGUGCAUGGAAGCCUAGCGGAGAAACAGAACCCUCAGCCGACCCAGGUCAUUACGUCCUACGACAACCAAGGGACACAGCUGACUGUGGAAGUCCACCCUCGAGAUGCCAUGCCCCAGCUGCUCAAGAAGUUCUCCUUGGCUAAACGUUUGCAAGGUGAUAAAAAUGGAAACACAAGACCCCGGCAGCCUGGAACGAAAGAUGCCCAUGCCUACCCCUGGGAUCGGUCCAGCCUGAAAUCCAUGCCCCUGGACCUGCGGCAGUUUGAGAAACUGGACAGCUAUGCCUCACAGGUGACAGUCAAGAGUGGCCUGGACGAGCUGGUGAGUGACCUGCUCCAGGAAGCCCACAGUGACCUGGAGAGGGUCCGCGUGAUCUGGAUCUGGAUCUGCCACCACAUAGAAUACGACAUUGAGGCGGCCCAGGAGAAGGACCGCCAGGCCUUCAAGCCCACUGACAUCCUGCGGACCCAGAAGACCAAUUGUGAUGGCUACGCUGGACUCUUUGAGAGGAUGUGCAGGAUCGCCGGGGUGCAGUGCAUGACUGUGCCUGGCUACUCCAAGGGCUUUGGCUAUCAGACGGGCCAGAGCUUCUCGGGGGAGUUUGACCACGCCUGGAACGCCGUGUACCUGGAGGGGAGGUGGCACCUGGUGGACAGCACCUGGGGCAGUGGCCUGGUGGACUCUUCUACCUCCAAAUUCACCUUCCUAUACAAUGAAUUCUACUUCCUCACCCAUCCCGCACUGUUCAUCGAGGACCAUUUCCCAGACAAUAAGAAUUGGCAACUGCUAAAACCACCUCAAUCCCUGAAGCAGUUUGAGAACAACAUGUAUCACAAGAGUGAAUUCUACAACAAGGGGAUGCUGAGUGCCCACCCAGAGACUUCUGUGAUCAAAACAGUGAACGGGAAGGCCACCAUCACCAUUGAGAGCUGUGCCCCGACGCUCUUCAUGUUUAUGCUCAAUGGCAAGCAGGAACAUGGGCUGCUGAGCCUCAGGAAGAACGGGAUGAAGCUGGACAUCUACCCUCCCACAGUGGGCAACCACAAGCUGCAGAUCUUUGCCAAAGGCAACUCUGACAUCUACAGCUCGGUGCUGGAGUACACACUCAAGUGCAACUAUGUGGACAUCGGUGUCCGGCUGCCCGCUGAGCUGCACCAGCCCGUGGGCCCCAGCUGGUUCUCGGAGCAGAUGGGCAUCGUGAAGCCCUCCCACCCCGACCCCAUCAUCCACACCAGUGACGGCCGCUGCUCCGUCAGCUUCGGUGUAGAUGAAGGCAUCAGCGUCCUGGCUUCCCUGCACGGGGACGAAGGCCCUAUCACCGAGGAGACCGGGCGGCGCUACAUCUUCCAGGUGCACCGAGAGAAGCGGGCGGAGCUGAAGGUCCAGCUGCCCCAGGCCGGCAAGUUUGCCCUCAAGAUCUUCGUCAAGAAGAGGCUGGAGCCGGGCAACUACGUCUUUGUCUUCAAUUACCUUCUGUGCUGUACCAACACCAAGGUGAACUGGCCCAUGUUCCCCGAGAGCUUUGGCAACUGGGGACAGGACAAUGAGUUGCUGGAGCCCCUGUCGGGCGUGCUUCCUGCCAACCGGAAUGUCCCAUUCAAACUGAAGCUACAUGGUAUCGCCAAAGCCCUGGUGAAGGGGCAGGACACGUGGCCCCUGACCCUGAAUAGAGAGGGCUACUGGGAGGGCAGCUGCAGCACGGCCGGCUGCCAAGAAAUCUAUGUCAUGGUGCUGGAGAACGCCAACCACAACUUCUACUCCUACAUCCUGAAGUACAAAGUGAACGCCCAGUGAGGCCUGGUGCCCUGGUCACACCUCCCAGAGGGCCAAGGCCAGACCUGCCCAGGGAGGGCCCAACGGAAGUGCAGCGAGCCCCGGCCACCAGCGAGUCUGCAUGAAACCACUUCUGGGCCUCUGCCUCAGUCUCCCCGCCCCGCCGUGGAAGCUGCGAUGUUUGUGUUCUGAUGGCUUCGCUCAGCUGUGGCAACGGCCGAGCGGACUGAGGCAAAGGCCCUUUAGAAGAAAAAGGUGCUAUGUAAAUCCAAGGUAUUGUAAACUGUACACCACCGCCCAGAUGCCCCUUCUCGUAUUCAUGCUGUUGUUGUUUUUGUAGGGUUGAUGUGGGAAAGCAGGCCUAUGGCCCCAGCAGAAAGCUUUGCACGUGAUGGUGAGAGGAUUCUCCUCUACGCCCCACAGGGACCCGGUCUGCGAGGCUGAGUCGUCCUGAAUCACAGAACCCCUUUCAAGUAGCAUCGGUGUUUCUCACCAAUUCCUCGACCCCAGGGAAGGUUGGACACCCAUUUUUCCCAGACCUGACCAUCCUCUGCAUUCCUGCAGCCUCUUGCUCUUCAGGAGCCCUAGAAAAGAGAAGGUGUGAAGAGGAAGCCAGCCAGCCCGCCUCUGCCUGGAGGUUCCACAAUCCCUGUAUACUCUGGGGAUGUGGCAAUAGAAAAGUCGGGAGGGGGCCCCCAGUGCCCACUCUUGGGUGGCCUGGGUGGAGGGCCAGAGGGCGAGGGACGCUGCAGCAGCCCCACAACCUGAGUCUGAGGGUGUGAGACCCCAGACUCCGUGCUCUCAGACGAGCCCACAGGGCAGUUCGGUCCAGUUCGGUCUAGCUGGUGGUCCUCCAGGCCCUCUCGGAGCCUGGGUGUCAGGCCCUGGCCUGCACCUCCAUAGGGGGAGCUUCAGGAGGCUGCUAGGCCCUUGGGGUGGGGGCUUGUGGACAACCCUAAAUAAAGACCCAAGCAGGGAGGCCAGGCAGGGAGUCGGGCAAAUACCACAGUGUCCAGGAGACUCGGGAACUAGCAGGGCUCUGCUGGCCCCCGAGGGUCCCCACGCACGAAGCCUGCACAGGGGGACCGCCCCCGCCCCGGAGCCUCUGAGCUCGUCUAUCCCACCUCCUUCCCCGCCUUUCUCUGACAGGAGAGACCCCUGGGGUCCGGGGUGCACGCUCGCUCCAGCCAGCCCUAGGAGCCUGGGCCCAGCGGCCUCGGCAGCCUCAGGCCCGCGUUGCCAUGGCAACGGCAGAGAGGCUGGCUCCCGUGAGGGCAGCGGGAGGGAAGGGGCGGAGGCCCCGCGUGGCCACCGCAGCACCCCGCAGCACCCCGCAGCACCCGGAGCCCCUGCAGGUGCUCCCUGCCCCCUGGCGCCCCGGCUCAGCCCCUCACCUGAGAGCGGGACACUGCCCGCGUCCCCCUCCCCCACUGCUGUUCUAAAUGUCCUCAGGCUCCGCGACAGCCAGGCCAGCCGCUGCUCACGCCUCCUCUGCCUUCAUUCUCACAUUUGUGUAUUCAGCAAAUGUUCACGGGGCACUUAAUAAGCACGGGGCUCUGUGCUAGAUGCCGGGGUUGGGGGGAACCAAGGGGGUCCUGCCCCUGCCAUCUCAGAGCUCAGGGUGGGCAGCAGCAGCCUCCCCCCAACAGGCCUGCCUAAGGCUGCGGGCUCCGGAGGCUUCAGUCCAUCCUCUCCCCGGGUCCCGGGCGCCCGGCGUGGUCCUGGCCCAGGGCCAUGUUAUAGGGCUGCCCACCCCCCUGGCCGAACACGAGGGUGGUACACCCGGGGGGUCUGAGCUCUCCUCUGGCCCGUGUCCCACACCCCCUUGGCAGGCACUGUUGUCACCCGUGCCUGGAAAAAAGCACAAAGGCCCCAGAGGAGGGACCGCUGAGCACUACGGCAGGGAAACAAGGAGGGGGUUCUGAUGCCCUGAAAACAGCCUUUUUUCACACCUUUGAUUUUAUGGGCUGAAAGAAACCUGCUGUGUUUUAUCCGAAUAAUAAGUGCCUCCUAUGACUCAUGUUGCUCACCGGACCCAGAGCCACGGGUCGUCCCGAUGAGAACAACGUGCGUCUUUUUUAAAAUAAUACAGCUAAUGAAUACAUUCUGGAGCAUGCAGAGGAUGCCACCCAGCAACACAGGAGCUGCCCCAGGAAGCAAGACAAGGCCCAGCCUCGCAAAGUGUCUGCGGAGCAACCACAUGCUCCUCCGUCUGCGGCGUUAACCAGGCGCCCCCCCAACCACCCCACCCCAUUUGUAAAGACAGCUGUGGGCGCAGCCAGAAAUCACCUGUAUUUCUCUCCACUGAAGUAAAAAUACAUGAAAUGAAAUCCAAUCUUCAUGAAUUUUUACACGCAUGCUGCUCAGGGUGGAACGCAGGGCUGCAUUUUGAAGUCUUUUAUUCAAAUCCCCAGCUUUGUUUCCUGGUGGCGCCUGGCGCGACGGUGGAAUGGCACGGGCGCUCCCUGGUGCCCAGUCCGCGAGCUGCCGAGAGUUCACGCUCACUCCAGCUCACUCCGAUGUUGGUGUCACAUUCACUGCGUGCUUCCUGGCGUGCACACGGAGCGCACAGGCUGUGGGGCGAGCUUGGGGACUGCCUGGCAGGGUGAGAAGACACCGGGGUGUGCCACUGGGGAGUGUUUUGCCGGGAAAUCCCAUCUUGACAUGCAAACCCUGGGAAUGAGACUGGAAGGGACAGCUCUGCGAGCGCUCCUUACUGUGCCCCCCAUUGUAAGGACCGAACCCAUCACACUCCGAGCUUUGGCCCGCAAGUCCUAGGACGGUGGCCCUCAGGCCCCAGGCAGCAGGGUGCAGAGGUCCGGGAGGGUGAGGGAGUUAACUGCCUUAACUCCUUGCGUGCGGCUUGGUUGGCUUGGUUCCCAAGCGCCAGCAGCACAGCUGGAGCCCGUUUCAAUCUGAUUAUGAUCAUUGUGAGCUCCCCAUAUGCUACAUUGUCCCACCAGAGGCAAACCUCUCACCGCCUGCUGAGAUUAAAAGGAAAUAAAUAGAGUAACUGAAGCAUGAAGGAUUUAGGCUAGACAUAAAGAACUAUUUCCUGUUUUUAAGCAGGAGGGACACGUUGCCAAGAAAGUUUGUGAAAUCCUCUUCUCAAAGGACUUGGAAAGUAGAAAAGGUUUCCCAGUGGUCUGGGUAUUUGACGCUCUGCUCACUGGAAGGACUAAAUUCUCACCAAACCAGUUAAUCCUUAAAAUACGCUAGAUGGCCCCCAGCAAACGCAAGGUGAACAGGAUUGCCGCAUCCUUUGCUGUUAGCAGCGCGUUCAGAGGCGGGUGUGCAUCCGCAUCCCACAUCACUUUGUCUGGGGUCUAUCAUUUCAUUUGGAAUAAGUAGCUGGAAAUCUUAAGAGGUGAUUACUUUUCAUAAUGUGCGUGUUGAGUUGUGUGGGCCAGUGGCUGUUGAGUAUGCUUUCCCCACA